AUGCCAUCAGCGUCGCUGUAUCUUUCAAGUCUGCUCUCAAGUCUGCUCUCCAUAAUUGGGCAAGCACAAGCAGAAAAGUUUCCACAGUCACUAACAGACUUGCACGCUCAAUUGAAGAGUGAUGACGGAGUUACGUUUGACCCGCUUGGUGUCGCAGCCGUUCUCUACAACCCUCGCGUCGACAAAAGUGCAGCGAGACUUUAUACUCAGUUUGAUCGAGGAUUAUUCAUAUGGCCACACCUAACCAUGAUCGGAGGGACUCUGCCACCCAUGCAAAUGCUUGUUGAACGCCUCAAUGCCACGAUGAAGUGGAUCCAUCCAUCUAUCAAACUAUGCGCACAAGAUACCACGAUGAUCCCCGUACGGUCGGACGUAUCGGGGAAUGUAUUUCGCCAACUGCCACUCAACUUAAGCAACGCAUGGCUGACUGAUAUAAUAUCCUUUCAAACAUCCAAGCAACCUGGAAAUGACUUCGUUGUCGUUUGUGUGGACACCAUGUACCAAUCAAUCGAAGAGAGCCAGAAAAAUAUGCGUCAGCAAUCAGGAAACGUAAGGUGGCUUCUGGGGAAAUGGACAUUGGACUCGAUUUGUCUGGUCAAUGGAGCCAUGCUAACGACCGGUAUGGUGUGUGGGAUUUUGACAGCCGACCUUUGGGCUUUCACCUUGUUCUUCCUAUACAGCAGUCAUUGGUUCGCUUCGGUGCUUAUUUCCUUCACUUCGAUGGUCAAGAUCCACAAGCCAGAUCACAUCAAAGACGACUUGCAGGAUAGAUAUGCGGUGUAUCAACGCGAUGAGGGGGCACUGUGA